AUGUCAUCCACAACAGCACAGGCUCCCGCCGCCCGCAAACUCUGGGGCGGCCGCUUCACAGGAAAGAACGACCCCUUGAUGGAAAAGUUCAAUGCCUCGAUCUCCUUCGACUGUCGCUUCUACAAGGCCGAUGUCAUCGGCUCCCAGGCCUACGCCAAGGCCCUCGCCCUCAAAAACAUCAUCACCGAACACGAGGCCUCAAAGCUCCACGAAGGGCUCGAUAAGGUCCUGGCCGAGUGGGAAUCCAACAGCUUUGUUAUCCAGGAUGGCGAUGAAGAUAUCCAUACUGCUAACGAGCGCCGUCUGGGAGAGAUCAUCGGGACCUCCAUCUCUGGAAAGCUCCACACGGGACGUUCUCGUAACGACCAGGUCGCAACGGAUUUCCGAAUCUGGGUCCGUGACGAGGGCCGCAAGUUGGUUGUUGUCCUCAAGGAACUCAUUGCCGCUGCUGUCGAGCGUGCCGAGAACGAGAUUGAUGUGAUCAUGCCCGGAUAUACCCACUUGCAGCGCGCCCAGCCCAUCCGGUGGUCUCAUCUGAUCCUGGCCCAUGCCUGGUCCUGGCACGCCGAUUGCCAGCGUCUGGAGCAGCUCCUCGACCGCUUGAACCAGCUCCCCCUCGGAUCCGGUGCCCUUGCCGGCAACCCCUUCCAGAUCGACCGAGACUUUCUUGCAAAGGAGUUGGGCUUUGACCGAGUGAUGCCCAAUUCUCUUUAUGGAGUCAGUGACCGUGACUUUGUGGCCGAGUUCUUGUUCUGGGCCUCGUUGACGAUGGUCCACAUCAGUCGUUUCUCAGAGGACCUUAUCAUCUACAGUACAAGCGAGUUUGGAUUUGUCCAGCUUGCCGAUGCAUACAGUACCGGAAGCAGUUUGAUGCCUCAGAAAAAGAACCCUGACAGCUUGGAAUUGCUCCGUGGCAAGUCCGGGCGCGUCUUUGGCGGCAUGACCGGGUUCAUGAUGGCCUACAAGGGCACCCCAAGCACCUACAACAAAGACCUCCAGGAGGACAAGGAACCUGUCUUUGACGCCUACGACACCCUCAUGGGCUCCCUCCAGAUCACCACGGGUGUCCUUUCGACCCUCACCAUCCGCCCCGAGCGGAUGUUGGCCAGUAUGAGCAUUGACAUGCUCGCCACCGAUUUGGCAGAGUACCUUGUCAGGAAGGGAGUCCCCUUCCGUGAGACCCAUCAUAUCUCGGGCGAGGCUGUCCGUAUGGCCGAGGAACGCAAGUGCACAAUGGCCGAUUUGUCCUUGGCUGACUUCAAGUCUCUCCAUCCUUCGUUUGAGGAGGAUGUUACAAAAGUGUGGAACUUUGAACAGAGUAUUGAGAACCGUUGCACACCUGGAGGAACUAGUCGUGCUACCGUUCUGGCACAGAUUGAGUCCUUGAAGGCAUUCCUCCAGUAA